GAAAACAAGAUUCAGUAGUCGAAAACGAAGAGAGCACCAUGAGGACUCUGUCCCUGCUCGCCGUCCUCCUCCUAGUCGCCUUCCACCCGCGCAACGCCGCUGACGCCCACGGCCGCCAUUUCGGCAAGGAGAAGCUCACAAACCUGCGCUUCUACCUGCACGACACCCUCAGCGGCCGCGACCCGACGGCCGUCCCCGUGGCGCACGCCGCCAGCGCCACGCCCAGGCCCGGCGACCCCACGCCCUUCAGCUCCGUCUACGUCGUCGACGACGUGCUCACCGAGGGGCCCGAGCGGACGUCCAGGGUGGUCGGCAGCGCGCAGGGGCUGUACGCGUCCACGGGCAGGCACGGGUUGGGCCUCGUCCUCGGCAUCGACUUCGCCCUCAACGACUACAACGGCAGCUCCUUCGUGGUCUUCUCGCGAAACCCCGUCGCGGACGGGGACGGCAGGGAGCUCGCCGUCGUCGGCGGCCGCGGCGCAUUCCGGCUGGCCCGCGGCUUCGCGCUGCUCCGCACGCACUACCUCAACACCGGCAACGGGGACGCCAUCAUCGAGUACAACGUCACCCUCCUGCACUACUGAUGAGAGUUUUGUUUGCUUGUUUCCUCCGUUGAUAAUAAUCAUAAAACGUGCCGUGCGUGAUUGAGGUUUUUAUUGCUCCGCUUGUCCUAGUCCGAAUUUUCCUGCAACAUACUAAGACGAGACAACCUACCUGAACCACAGCGUAUUUCCCUGCAACAUAAUAAGACGAGACAACCUACCUGACACA